AUUCCACAAUCAUCCGAUCAAACAAUUAUGGCGCCCUUUCCACUCUCUUUGAUUUUUGGAAAGAAUAAACGUCGCGACGACAUACGAUACCGACAAAAGCCGACGCUCAAGGGUGUUAUGACGGCUUUUUUUGCCACUCAAGCUGCAAUAUUCCUCUUGUUGCUGGCCGGUCUAUCUUUAACCGGCACAGCCGUGGCACUAAUCGCCUCCAUGCCGGUAUUCCUAGUAUUUAGCCCGGUUCUUGUACCCGCGGGUAUAGCCACCACUAUUCUUGCCGGAGGUUUAAUGGCUGGAGGCACCUCUGGUGUGUCGGGUCUCACCAUCUUAAUGUGGCUCUACAAGCAAUUUACGGGUAGAGACCUUCCGAAAAUUCCAGGAUUGAAUCCGGGCGGUGGAGCUGCAGCAGGUGGAGCUGCCCCUGCCGCCCCAGCUGCCCCAGCAGCUAAACCGGCAGCUAAGCCUGCAGCUAAACCGGGCGGAUGAAAAUAAUUCAAGGACAUAGACAAUUUGAUUUAUAUAAUCAUUGAAGUUCCAUAAAUUAAAGAUAAUUACCCAUCUUUUUUUGCUAAAUACUAAUUAUUACGUGUUGAUGAAAGUAAACUUCUCAAAUGUCAUUCUCUUAAUGUAUGCCGUGCUACAGAAACAAUAACAUAUGUAUGCAUGUUUAUUGUCCAAUAUUUUUAAAACGAGGUUAUAUAUAUCACCGAUUUCAACC